AUGAGAGAUUCGAAAUGUGGCGAAAAUUCGCCCGCACCAUUGCUGACGGCUGUGGACGCAACAUCACAGGUUCACUUGAUUGUGGGCUCGAAUCCGCUAGCAGCAGCGCGAUGCACGAAAUGUCUGGAAGCCGGAGCGAAGCCAAUUAUCAUUGCCCCCGAAGAUGCGGAUAUGCAUUUCUUACUCAUCGAGCGCAUUGAGCAGGGCUCAGCGCAAUGGGUGAAGAGAGAGUUUCAGGAUGAGGAUUUGACGAGCUUGGGGCGUGAUGAAGUUGAUCACGUCGUUGAUGCAGUCUUCGUGACUUUGGGUGGUGAUAACCCUCUUAUGAACGUGUCUGAUGCACCAGAACUGUGUUCUUUCACGUUGCUUUCAACAUAUUCUGAUGGUCCCCUUCACAUUGGGAUCACGACAUCAGGGCGAGGUUGCAAGCUGGCCUCCCGACUGAGAAGAGAGAUAGCCUCUUCGCUGCCUGCAAACUUCGGAAUGGCCGUUGAUCGGUUGGGCACGCUAAGAAAGCGGAUCUGGGAAGAGGAUCAGGCCGCAGGACGGACGGAGUCCAAGUUUGAAGUCGAAGACGACGACUCGACCGCUCAAAGCCACACUUUCAACGCACUAGUAAGAAACGAGGAUGCCUCUGCUGCGAAAACUCGACGAAUACGCUGGCUCUCCCAAAUUUGCGAAUAUUGGCCACUGCAGAAACUCGCGGAUAUCUCUGAUGCGGACGUCGAUGCUAUCCUCACGGCUUAUUCAUCAGGAAAUCCCGACGUUGGAUCGCUCGUUGAGGAGCAGGUCGGAUCUCAACGGCGAAAAGGAAAGAUUUUUCUUGCAGGCUCUGGUCCUGGACAUCCUGAUCUUCUCACACGAGCAACAUACAACGCCAUCAGAGACGCAGAUAUUAUUUUGGCAGACAAAUUGGUCCCUGCGCCAGUGUUGGAACUCAUUCCCCGAAGAACAGAAGUCCACAUCGCACGCAAAUUCCCUGGAAACGCGGACCAGGCUCAGGAGGAGUUCCUCCAAAUGGGCUUGAAAGCUUUGAAAGCAGGAAGACGCGUCCUGCGGCUGAAGCAAGGGGACCCUUAUCUUUACGGCCGUGGAGCAGAGGAAUACGACUUCUUCAAAAAGGAGGGCUAUGAGCCAGUGGUGCUUCCCGGCAUAACUAGUGCACUCAGUGCGCCUUUGUUCGCCGGCAUCCCUGCCACCCAUCGCAGUGUUGCGGACCAAGUUCUAAUCUGUACGGGCACGGGCAGGCAAGGGACCGCGCCAGAGCCACCCACUUAUAUUCCCACCCAGACAGUUGUUUUCCUGAUGGCAUUGCAUCGACUUUCUUCCUUGGUAGAGAGUCUGACCACAGCACCAGCAGACACUGCGACCCCAAUUUCCCGAGUACCGUGGCCUAGGGAUACUCCAUGUGCGGUUAUCGAACGAGCUUCGUGCCCAGACCAGAGGGUGAUUCGCACUACCUUGGAACAUGUGUGUCUAGCGGUCGAAGAGGAAGGUUCGCGACCUCCUGGCUUACUGGUCGUUGGCGCGAGUUGUCAUGUUCUCCACAAACCGGGAAGUCAGAAAUGGGUCGUCGAGGAAGGGUUCAGAGGUUUGGGUGAGUUGCGCGGCGAAGGCGACACCACCAUGGCCGAAAAUCCAGCAGCUACCGAAACUAAAGAUCUAUAA